CCAGGCCAUAAUGUCGAGUUUUCUCGAGUUAAUUUUAUAGAAAUAUUUUAUGAAAUUUCGUACAAAGCAAACCAUUUGCUUAAUUGUUUUCAUUCUGAAGCUUUAAAGUGUUUUCCAACUACAGUUCUUGUCAUAAUGGAAGCAGUUUCCAUCAUUGUUAUCCUAAUGAUGACUCGAUUGGAUCUCAGCCUGUCAACCACACAACAAUUGUACUUGGACACUUAUAUAAACUGUGACAAGACAUUUGAGGUGAACAAAGUAGACGAAAUAGUAGUGGAGGAAGAAGAGAAAGUGUAUGUGAACACGCGAGCUGCGCCGCAGUGCACGCUGACGUUCAAAGCAAAAGAUCCGGAAGGGAGGCUCUGUGUUCAAAUCACACGGCUGACGUUCAAAAACUGUAAUAUGGAGCUCAGGUUUCAUGACACACUGAUGGUGACCAACGAAAGAACCACGACAUUUCACUGUAAUGAAAGUUACAGUUUGCCGAUGGAGUGGUGUUCAACAGACCGUUACAUGAUGUUGUUUCGGUUCAGCGAGUCUCGUCAAGCCAGUGUACGUGACCUUGACCUUAUUAUCAUAAUCCGCCACAUUAGCAAUCGGAAAAGAACAGUUUACCUGGAUGCAGCCUGUAAUGGUGUGUACCCAAUACUACAGAGUGUUCUCACUGUUAACAAUCGACAACUGACUGGACCUGACAACCUACCACAGAACUGUUCUGCUACAUUUAAAUACGUCGGAGAAGACAAAAACUACACGGCUUGUCUCGUGUUCCAUAGACAAGUGACACAGUGUUCAUACGACCUUGAAGUGUUCGAUGGAAUUAAUAAAUCUCAUGUUUAUUCUUGCACACAACCAAACCCUUCCCGCUGGUGUUCAAAAUCAGGAACCAUAACUCUAAAGAUGAUAAGGAGAGAAGUAUCAAGAGUUAUAGAACCUGAACAUUUAUUUUUCUUACAAGUCAAGGAUGAACCACCAGCAGGGUUUCCAUCUGACGGUUUAUCUCAAGAAGCGCUGACAGCUGUAGUUGUUGUGUCUGUCAUUGUCCUGCUGGUUUUAUUAGCAGCCAUCAUAUUCUUCAUUCUUCGAUACCGACACAGAAAUAAAGAGCCCGAAAUCAUAGAACUUCCUGCAGCUACACGGCCAGCCAAUGGUGUUGUAGAUGUGCCUUUGAUUUCUCGCUCAACCCCAGUAACAACUGAACAAGUGCAGCUGCAGAGGUUAAAUCAUCCUUCAUGAAUCCCAUUGGUCAAAUCACAGGAGAACAGAUUCUCAUUGGUGGAAACUUAUCUUCACAAUGAAAUGUUUGAAAGAUGUAAGCUGAUUGGUGGAUCUCAGGGUAAACCAGAUCCGGGUUAAUUGAAUGUAUGAAAGACGGACUUUGAUUGGUCAAGUUUUUGCAAAAAUAAUGCUGAUUAGCGAGAUUUAACAAGACAACAUGUUGAUUGGUCAGAUCUGUGUGGAAAGUGAUGGACAGUUUUGAAAUUCACAGAAACUUUCCUGUCUAAUGGAAUGAAAACACAUACUGGUGAGGUCAGAGGUUAAGCCCACGAUGGCCGUGUUGAAACCUUCGUGGUUUAUGAGCAUGUAUAACAAACAAGGACCCAUGAUCCAUACUCCUAUAUUCCCAUUGCUAAAACGGUGCAAUUGUUUAACAAACUUGGCAGAUAACUUCACUGCACGCCAAGCUGAUAUGUAUGUGAAGACCCAGCAGUAUUUUAU